GUGUGCCAAUUGGGUUGCAGUGCAAGAUUUGUCAGCAGUUCAAGACUGUGCGCGCGUUCGCCUCCUAUGAGGAUGAUCGCUCCAAAGUGCGAGAAGCUAUGAAGACUGAUUUCUCUUUGGAUGGUGCCGCAAAUUUGGCCGCACGCUCAGCAUUGGCGGCAGUAGUCGGCACUUGGGAGGCAUGCCAGCGCUUCGCCGAGAAGGAAGCAGAGUUGAAAGCAGCGGCCCGCGAGCUGGGCAUACCACGUCCGGUGGCCCAGACUGAUAGGUCUGCCAUGAAGACCUCAUAUGAGUCUUCCUUCGGGGUCUUGGAAGACAGCCUUGAGCCAAGCGAUGAAUAUCUCGCUUCAAAAUUGGAAGAGAUAGAGUCGCGGGAGCCCUGUGCAUCGCCACUUUCGGAAGUGACCUCCAAACGUAGUGCCAAGACGGCCAAGACCAUGGGCAUUCAAACUACAGUUGACCACAGUGGCGCAGUUCGUAUCGUUCGCUCCAAGCAGAAAGGCUCCUUGCCACAGGGCGCGGAAGAGCUCCGCACAAUCUUGAAGGUCGAAGGCAACACCUGGUGCUUCCUGUCUGCCAAGUUCCGAAACAGGGAAAUUUUGCGAAACAUGCGCCCAUCAUGCUGGGAGGAGUACACGAACUUCCUUCUUGGGGAGCGCUGUUAUCUCAUGAAGAUCCACGGAGGCAAAGGAGCCGAUGCGUCACCGCUGCGUCCGCCAUGGCAUAUCUUGCUCAGUUUCGAGUUUGAGUUGCGCAAGGAAGCAAUUAAGAGGGCUCUCAAGGAGAACAAGCCAAUCGCCCAGACGUUGCAGGAUGUUUGCAAAGAUCCGGAGCUGAAGGAACGUUUCUUCACCUCACCCAUUGCACUGCAACCCCAAGCUCUCGAGCCAGGCUUCUUGAAACGGGCAUGGUCUGGGAAUGGCUUCGGCAAGGGCAAUGGCUGGCCGUCGGAUGUGCCGUUUAACAAGGGGACUGGCAAGAAGGGCGGCAACAAGGGCAAGCCGAACGCAGGUGGACGAAGUGCAAACAGCCUCAUUGAUAGGACUCCAGACGGCAGGGAGGUGUGCUUCGCCUUCAAUGCACAAGGUUGUGACGGUAGCUGCGGCCGCGUGCGUAUUUGCCGUGUUCGAGGAUGCGGAGCGGCCCAUGCCGUGUGGGAGCACUUCCAAAAGCUUUCGCUCGGAGACACCUCCAACAAGAAAGACGCUAACUGA